UGGGUGAUUGGGAAUCAAACAUGUGCUGAAGCUCAGAAAUCCAGUCUAUUUGCUUGUCAGGAAAAUAGCAUCUGUGUUGAUUCUGAUACUGGUCUUGGAGGAUAUCACUGCAACUGCUCCAAGGGAUACAAGGGAAAUCCAUAUCUCAGACCAGGUUGCCAAGACAUCAAUGAAUGCGAGAACAAUCCAUGUCAUCCAUAUGGAAUGUGCACUAAUACUCCAGGUGGUUAUAAGUGCUCUUGCCAGCGUGGUUAUUUUGGUGAUGGCAGCAAAUUUGGUUCUGGUUGCAUUGGCCAGCGUUCAAAUAAAGCAUCAGUGCUCACAGGUUUAAGCACGAGCAUCGGAUUGUUAUUACUGCUAACAGUUACCUAUUGGCUAUACAAAGUAGUGAAGAAGAGGAGGAAAUGCAAUCGUAAACAAAAAUAUUUCAAACAAAAUGGUGGUCUUUUAUUACAGCAACAAAUAUCUACUAAAGAAGGCCAUGUAGAAAAAACAAGACUUUUCACAGCUAAGGAGUUAUCGAAGGCAACCGAUCAGUUCAAUGAAAGUAGAAUACUUGGACAAGGAGGUCAAGGUACAGUUUAUAAGGGCAUGUUAUCUGAUGGGAGAACUGUUGCAAUAAAGAAGUCCAAGUUAGUAGGUGAAAAUCGACUGGAUGAGUUUAUAAAUGAGGUCGUAAUCCUUUCUCAAAUUAACCACAGAAAUGUUGUUGUGCUACUUGGAUGUUGUUUGGAGACCGAAGUUCCUUUGUUGGUUUAUGAGUUUAUUGCUAAUAGAACCCUCUUCGAUCACAUCCAUGACCCGAGUGCUGAGUUUCCUAUGACAUGGGAUAUGCGCCUAAAAAUUGCAGUAGAGGUAGCAGGAGCUCUUGCUUAUCUACAUUAUUCAACUUCCACACCCAUUUAUCACGGGGACAUCAAGUCGAGCAAUAUCCUUUUAGAUGAAAACUAUAGACCCAAAGUGUCAGAUUUUGGAAUUUCAAGGUCUAUCGCAGUAGAUAAAACUCACUUUACCACCUUAGUUAAGGGGACCUUUGGCUAUCUAGAUCCAGGAUACUUCCGGUCAAGCCAAUUUACUGAUAAGAGUGAUGUCUAUAGCUUUGGUGUUGUUCUUAUUGAGCUCUUAUCAGGACAGAAACCAAUAGUUUUAAGCGAUACAGAAGAUGAAAGAAGUUUAGCUGCAUGUUUUCUUAUGUCUAUGGAACAAAACUGCCUUCUUAAAUUUUUUGACCCUAUAAUUUUAGAGCAUGAUAAAGAUGAAGACAUUAUUGAUGUUGCUACUUUAGCAUAUAGAUGCUUGAAUUUGAAUAGGAAGAAAAGGCCAACAAUGAAAGAAGUCAGCAUGGAAUUGGAGAAUAUCAGGCUAUCUAAGGGGCAAGCGACUGUCCAAAGUAAUACGCAAGUAAUCAGCACUGAAGUUGGAUCAGUAUCGCUACUAUACCUCAACUCCACAUGGACAUCUGGUGAUCGUGAGAGCACUGUACCAUCAGAAACCAAUCCCUUGCUACAUUACACUGUUUGAUGGAACUAGCAUGCAUGUUUUAUGUUCUUGCAAUUAGGACUAAAACAAAGUUGGUUUUUAUUGUAAAAACAGUAAUAAAGUAUAUUUUUGUAACUUUUCUGUAGCAGUCAGAUACAGUAAUUCAAAAUUUGUUCCCUGAUGAAGAGAAUAGAGAAUGGGAGGAAAA